AUGACUUACGCAAGUGCUCUGUGUAUCAGAGUAAGGAUCUCGGUCAGCUACGAGAAUAUCGCCAAGGACGCAGAGAAACAAAUGGUACGAACGAAUAGGGCUAUGUUUCCCCGAUUCGAGCGUUCUGACUGCGAGAACGGCGUUGCCUUCGAAGAAGCGGUAAUUCGAUUAUUAGACUCGAAACAUUACCGUGACGUUUCGGGGCCUUUUCGUUGUCUGUAUCCCGUUAUAAGCCCGUUCGAUAGACAAGUUAACGAAUUAACGCAAAGGUCUGUUCGUGGUGCCUCUCCUUUGUUGGGAGACGAUUCGGCCGUGGAAGUGACUCCGGCUGAAGCCUUGGGUUUUGCUGUCCCCUGCGAUGUUCCCUCGUUGGAGAAAGACCGAAUAUCUUACUUGGACGACCUUCGCAAGCCUGGCCUAGAACAAUCAAAGGCCAAGUGA